UUCUCCCUUCUUCAAACCACUUCAAAAUCCUCACCAUUCUCUCUCUAUUAUAUACAUAUCUCUUGUGUUCUAAGCAGCUAGAAGCAACAAUGGAGAGGAAAAGAAGCCAUACCUCUCUUACCAUGCUUGCAAUGCUUGUUGGAUUACUCUCUCAGAGCCUUGUCAUUCCUGUGAUGUCCAUAACUGUUGAAGAUCAGAAGAACUACUACACCCCAGAUCCACAUGCUGGAAAUCCCCCCUCAGGCUCACACAGGAGUCCUCCAUCUCAUGGCCAUGGAAGCUCUCCACCAUCACACGGUGGAGGAAACUGUGGAUCAUCACCCCCACAUCAUGAUCCAACACCCUCAACUCCAUCAACCCCAUCAACCCCAUCCACACCAUCAAACCCUCCUUCAGGUGGAUACUAUGGAGGUAGCCCCCCAACACCUAUCACAGUGAGCCCACCAACCACCCCAGUAGACCCUGGCACCCCCUCUAUCCCCUCACCACCUUACAUUCCUUCCCCAUCUCCCUUCACUGGCACAUGCAACUACUGGAGGAAUCACCCAGCAAUCAUAUGGGGAAUCCUAGGGUGGUGGGGAACCCUAGGAAGUGCAUUUGGUGUGACCAGUGUUCCAGGGUUCAGUCCUGGUCUGAGCUUGCCACAAGCACUUUCCAACACCAGAACCGAUGGUCUAGGAGCACUC